CAGAAAAGAACAGUAAAAAUGCAGGCAGGGCACAAAAUGUAUGUGAAAUGGUUUGAUACAAAAAUGACAGUUUCAAAAAAUGUUUAAAUUUCCCUCCGUUCUGGCCCCCGUACACCCUGACGCUCGCAGGGACCGAAACACGGAAGCCGGAUGCCGGCAUCGGCCGGAGGAGAUGGCCGGGGACGAGGCAGGGGACACAUCGCGGGAGCGAAGGACAAGGUAAGCGCUGCAGGGAUCCCUUAGCAUCACCGCAUGGUAAGCCCGAGUGUAGCUCGGGGUUACCGCUUUUGGUACUGAAA